CGCGAAUCCAUGGCCGAAAUGGGCUGGCGUAAUGCAUGGUUAUGAGAUUGAGUUUGUCUUCGGAGUACCUCUGUACAAUUUCACAGCUGGAUAUACCUCACAAGAGCGCAUUUUUAGUGAAAAAGUGCUGAAAUAUUGGACUCAUUUCGCCAAUUUCGGGUACAUUUCCUUUAUUUUUAGAAAUUACAUAAUUUGAAA